GUCGACGUUGUCAAAAUGCAUUCAAACAUACAGCCACUUCGCCCCUUCUCAUGGCCUCUCCAUCCCUCUCCGUCUCAGUCAGUCGAUGCCCAGCGGCACAAAGAGGCCGGUCCCCUUGUCAAUGCGGCCCAGCUGUUGCCAUGAGAACUGGCAGUCCUGGUCGCCCAGAUGCUCGUUGAAGCCCUUGACCACCCCCACCCCACCAUGGCUGACCUCGUCCAGCCGGGCCCAGUGCACCACCUCACGCACACCCUUCAGCACCCCCUGCCCCCCACUGCCGCGAAAGGCAAAGCACUGCAGCGGCGGGACGGUCACCUUGACGCGCUUGUCGCCCUGCUGCUCGUAUCGCGUCCCGCCCACCACCUCCCUGUUGCUGCUCGUCUGUGUGGCCGCCGACUUGACGAAGUGGCCGACGGCCGCACGCACGCGGCGCCUCAGCACCGACUCGCCAAUGAGGUACUGGUCGAUGGCGGCGACAGCAGCGGGGGGCUCGUGUAGGAAGGCGCCGAUCUUCCAGCCGAUGGCCUCAGCCUCGUGUGGGCCGAAUGCCAUGUUGGAUGGGGAGGGGUGGGGGUGGGCACCGUCGUGGUGGGGGGCCAGGGGCAGCAGACGGGCGAGAAGCAUCGAGUGGUCGCGCUGGGGGGCGAGGGCGCCGUUGAUGGCCGACAUGACGACGUCGGACAGCUCACCCAGCACUGUGGCAUACUCGGCCAGCACCAGCUGGCGGCGACGGCGCUGCAUGUCAGUGGCGGUGGGCAUGCGGGCGAUGCAUGGGGCCGCCCCGCCCCGCAGCAGCACACGGAUGGUGGUCCUGUGCUCGCGGAUCCGUCUCGCGUCCCACUCUCCCUGCCGCUGCACUUGGAUGAUAUCAUAGAGCGCCUCGGCAGCGACGGCGAGGGGUGCUGUCCGAUGAGGCUGGGGGCCCCAGUAGUUCGGCAUUCCUCGGUUGACGUCAUUAACUGUGAGCUGGCGGCACAGCCAAUCAGCCACACAGGGGGAACCAGCUUUUGCCGCCCAGUGCAGUGGCGUCGAGCCGUCGGUGUCUGUUGCCGUCAUGUCGGCUCCGUGGCUGGUGAUGAGGGUGAGGUACUGGUCGAUGAAUUGCUGGGAGAACCUAGCAGACUUAACGGCUGCCGAAUGAACCAGACAGCUUCCAAAGGUCCGUUCCGCUGCAAGUGUGCUGUCGUGUUGGAUGAGGCGACGGUACACCGACAUGAGGGCGUCCUCGUACUGACAAGUGAGGGCAGCGGCAGCCUCAGAGACGUAGGGGAGCUGCAUCACCGUGAAUCCCCGCACGUUGGCCUGCCGCUCCAGGAGGGCCUCCACAGCCGUCAGAUUGCCCGCACGAAUCGCAAUCUUGAUGGGCCUCUCGGAGCCGUCGCCAUCAUUGAUGUCCGCACCGCCGUCAAUGAGUGCAUUGAUGAUAUCACGCUGCAGCUCGCGGGAGGACCACUGUGGCAGGAAGAGGGGCACUUGAGCAGGAAAAGGCCCGUAUGCGUAGAGGAAUAGUCCGUUUGCGGGGCUGUCGAUGGCGAAAGACAGGCAGCUAUAUCGCGCGUACGGCGGUACUCGCGAUACGCGCAGGCCGCCGAGGGCUCUCGGGUCGGCUCCUUGCCCGAUCAGCUGUGUGACUUGACUGACUUCGGUGAACGUGUGGCGGAUGCAGCCCUCCAAAAGCUGCCGGCUGAGAGCACUGACGCCCUCAUCAGGGACGAUGUCGACGUCAUCCAGCCCCUUGCAGCCGUGUGGCAGCGUAGCAUGAGGAGGUGCUUGCGAUGCGGCAGAGGACGACUGGGCCAUCACACCGAGUCACACCACUGCAAGCACAAACAGAGAUACACAGUCAAUUGCAAAUCCCUUCUCCAUCCAACAUUGCCGGCGCACCUGGUCAGUCAGUCACUCGACGGCCGCCACCGCGAAGCCAUCGACGACACCUGCGGUGAGAACACACAGAGAUGCCACCCCAGUCAGUGGUGCUUUGCCUUGCCGUCACACAUCGUUGAUUCGUUCAUUCAUUCUCAUACCAUCAGCGGGUGGAUUGGCAGGCCAACCAGACUCCGAGAACAAAGGCUGCUUCUCCGUUUGCUUCUUCACCGAGGGCUCGACAGCUGACAACACACACGGCGAGCAGUGAGGUCACGCAUGUUCGGUCUUUUCGCUUGUUACCUUCCUUACUGUGUCUGCUGACCUGGAACAACCUGCGAAAGAGCCGUUUUGCUUCACUUUUA